AUGAAUGUAGCAGCCAAGUAUCGCGUGGCCUCCCUGUAUGUGGGUGACCUACAUGCAGAUGUCACUGAGGACCUGCUGUUCAAGAAGUUCAGCACGGUGGGGCCUGUGCUGUCCAUCCGCAUCUGCAGGGACCUGGUCACCCACCGCUCUCUAGGCUAUGCCUACGUGAACUUCCUGCAGUUGGCUGAUGCCCAGAAGGCCUUGGACACAAUGAAUUUUGACUUGAUAAAAGGCAAAUCCAUCCGUCUCAUGUGGUCUCAGCGUGAUGCCUGCUUAAGGAAAUCUGGAAUUGGGAACGUGUUCAUCAAGAAUCUGGACAAAUCCAUCGAUAACAAAACCCUCUAUGAACACUUUUCAGCUUUUGGAAAGAUCCUGUCCUCCAAGGUGAUGAGUGAUGAUCAAGGCUCCAAAGGUUUUGCAUUUGUGCACUUUCAGAACCAGAGUGCUGCGGAUAGGGCCAUUGAAGAGAUGAAUGGAAAGCUGCUCAAGGAUUGCAAGGUGUUUGUUGGCAGAUUCAAAAACCGUAAAGAUCGGGAAGCUGAACUCAGGAACAAAGCCAGUGAAUUCACCAAUGUUUACAUCAAAAACUUUGGAAAUGACAUGGAUGAUCAGAGAUUGAAGGAAGUUUUCAGCAAAUAUGGCAAAACUCUGAGUGUUAAGGUGAUGACAGAUUCCAGUGGGAAAUCCAAAGGCUUUGGGUUUGUGAGUUUUGAUAGCCAUGAGGCCGCCAAAAAGGCUGUUGAAGAAAUGAAUGGAAAGGACAUAAACGGGCAGCUGAUUUUUGUAGGUAGGGCACAAAAGAAAGUAGAGCGACAGGCUGAGUUAAAGCAAAUGUUUGAACAGCUGAAAAAGGAAAGAAUUCGUGGGUGCCAGGGGGUAAAGCUCUAUAUUAAGAACCUUGAUGAGACCAUUGAUGAUGAAAAACUACGAAAGGAAUUUUCUUCAUUUGGAUCAAUUAGCAGAGUUAAGGUAAUGCAGGAAGAAGGGCUGAGCAAAGGAUUUGGAUUGAUCUGCUUCUCCUCUCCUGAGGAGGCCGCUAAAGCAAUGACUGAGAUGAAUGGUCGCAUAUUGGGCUCUAAACCCCUCAACAUUGCCCUGGCCCAGAGGCAUUAG